AUGGUGUUUGCAAAAGAUGCGGUGGCGGCAGAACAAAGUGACGGAGACAAAUUGUUUCCGAGAAAAUGGUUCCAGUUCAACAGGGAGUUAUUCCAACGACCCGCCACAUUGGUGUGUACGAUACCGAUUACGGAAUCGGCCCUCUAUCACCGUCACAGGCUGCCCGAUUUAAUACAAACCAUCCGCACUCAAAAAUUAAAAGAUAUUCAAAAUGUCGAAUAUAUGUUUCUAAAGGAUGACAGACACGUCAAAAGUUUAUUGGGACGCGUCCUAGCUUUGUACAGGGAGAAGGUGGUGCAGGAAGAAAGUGAUGAUGUGAACAGAAUAACUUUGAUUCAAGAGUGUCACGAAAACAUAGACAAGCCUAACGAAACUGUUGAUGAUAUGUACAGGCUUUUUCAGGAACUUGACCAGCGAAUUGAUAAACUGGAGAAGAGUGCACAAUUGGAAAAAGAAAUCUCUUUGGAGCUGAGCAACAGCACCAUCACUGAAUUUGUCAAGAGAAUGGAGUGCUUUCAGAGCUGCCACAGUUGUACAGAGCUGGAAGAAGAAGAUGAAAUAUUGGAGUCAAUAGGAACAUGGAAUAACAAAUGCCGAAACAAAAAAGAACUUAUUGAAAUUGUUCACAAUUAUAGAAGACAAUUGGUUAAAACAUUGCAAACACUCCAACGAGAAGUAUGUGGAAAAGAAUUGGCACAGUCUAAAUAUAACAUUUUAAAAGAAUGGAUUCGUAACAACGAAAAAUUAAUGAGUCUCAAAGGACUAGCUGUUCUAACUCCCAGUUUAAACAAUUAUACGGACGUCAGGAAUACGAGGUCACGUAUAAAAUAUUUAAAGGCUGAAAUUAAGCAGUGGACACGCGAAAAAUUAAAUAAUUUAAAACAAACGAAUAAAUCCUCUUGUAAGAUAGACAAAAUGAUUGAAAAAGAGGCAAGGGUGAACUGUAAUUUAAGGACGAACUUCAUAAACUUGAUUGAAAACAAUUCAAUCACACCACUUCCUUGUGUGCCAGAAGAAGGUGAAAUCAAUAAGUGGAGUGGAGACAUGGAGGAGAUGAACAGGAAACUUGGAAAUCCAUCCUUCGAAGUUAGUUCCUUAAGAGUAAACGUAAACAAACUAACAUCUAAUGACAAGGUUGAAUCCUACAAAAUGGAUGGAAUGGAUUCAUUCACAAAUAGACAACAAAAUAUAAUUCGACUCUCAGAUAUUAUGAAACAACAAUUAAAAAGGGUCGAAAAACUUGAACCCUUUUAUAAUUAUCGAGUUGACAUGGUUGAACAGAUAAAAACGUUACAGAAUACGUUGUUGAUAGAAAACUCUUGUCUCUUAAAAUACGUGGGCGAACAUAAAGUCUAUCUGGAGAAGUUAAAGGACAGUCUGAAAGAAAAGAAGAAAAUGAUUCAACAUUUGAAAAAGGAGUUGAAAAAACGCGACCAAAUUAUAAAACCAAUGAAAAAAGUGAACGAGGAACUUCACCACGAUCUCCUCAAAAGUAAUACAAGUCGUACGAUACUUCAGGCGCAUAUUUCUGUGUUAGAGAGGGAGCUCCAAAUUGCCAAAGCACAAAAACAAAACCGUAUAUAAUAAAAUAGGAGUAUUAUUAAAUACAA